UUUACUCAGUCACCUUGCAUUGUGAUGAGAUCUGUGAUUUUGGUAGGGCUGCUUGAUUUGAGGAAAAUAGGCUCACGCCUUUUGACAUGUCAUAGGUUGGUUAGUAUGAUUAUCUUUCACUAUCAUGGGGCAAAAAAGGAUAUCAAGUUUUGUGAAAUAAAUUAGACAUGACAUGAAUGCAGAAGGUGUUUUGUGUUUCUGAGAAAUGUCUCUUGAUUAUUUCUGACCAUGUGUCAUUACGUGGAUCCGCUGCAGAGCUCUCCACUAUCAAAGCCAACCUGACUGAGUGUCUCCAGGCCAGUGAUGACAACUCAUCUUCCCUGACUGAAGAGAGAGACCGGCUGAACUCCAGCAUCACUGAAAUGGCUAAAGAGUUGGACAGGCUUCAACGUUGGUCCAAACAGAAGAAAACAUGUCCUGCUGAAUGGAGGAUGUUGAGUUCUUCCUGUUAUCUCCUCUCUGCUGAGUCUGGUUCCUGGGAGAAAGGCAGACAAUACUGCAGAGACAGAGGAGCAGAUCUGGUGGUGAUAGACAGCUCUGAAGAGCAGACGUUUCUCUCUAAAUUCAUAAAACAAAAUACUCAGUAUUGGAUUGGUUUGACUGACAGAGAUGAGGAGGGGACCUGGAAAUGGGUAGAUGGAACUCCACUGACUCUGAAAAACUGGAGGAGAGAGCAGCCUGAUAAUGGUGGUGGAGAUCCACGGUGUGGCGAAGAGGACUGUGCACAUAUUGGACCUACCACCACUGAGUGGAAUGACCUGUCAUGUGAACAUGUUAUGUACUGGAUCUGUGAGAAAAAAGCUUAACAGUGGUGUAUGUUUUGAGAUCAUACAUUUGAUAAUGCUUUUUACAGUGUGAGCUAUAAUCUCCGUCAUGAUGAGAUGAUGUGCAUGUGUGCUUGUGUGUCGAUAACAGGGUAUCAGUGAACACAAAAUACUGGGACUAAUAUGUGUGUAUAAAAUCCCUGAUUAAUCUAUAUAUAAUAUAAGCUGCAAUGUAACCAAUUCCUCUUCAGUCUAGUGUGUCUCACCCGGGCAUACAUGGGGACUGCAAAAGGUGUUUUGUGUUUCUGAGAAAUGUUUCUUGAUUAUUUUAGACCAUGUGUCAUUUUGUGGAUCAGAGUGCUUGUGUCUGGUAUUUAGAUAUACUUGCUGGAAAAUUGUACUUAUUCACCCUGCAUUGUGAUGAGAUCUGUUUAGUAUCUACUUUAUGAUUUAGGAACCAAUUUCUUUCCAAAACUAGAAAUUUCAUGAAUCAAACCUAAAUUUAUGAAAACAAUAUCUGAUUAUAGACCCGUGGCAAAAUGGUGGCCUCUUUCCCUGCAUGUCACUACAUUAUAAUCUCCUCACAGGUGACAAAUUCUACUGUUAUAUACUGAAUGCUACAUUUACAAACUGGUAACUGGCUUCAUCAAGUGUCACUUGUUGUUCUAUGUUAUAAUGGUAGCUGAUUUUUGUGUGAGUGCGUGUAAUCAAGAACAGUAAUAAAAAUAGUUCUCAAUGUU